GAUGAGCAUGCACCCGUGCUAGGGUCCGAGGGAGGUAUUCGGGAAGCUUUGGGGAGAUACCGAACAGCGCUAGACAAGUACCGAAGACACCGACUUUUACCGAACACAGUCGGUCCCUACCUGACCGACGACAAGCCACCGAAGGACGUUCGGCAGCACUUGGGUCAGUUCGCCCACACUUCACGUACUUACCAUGAUCACAUAGGAGUGUUACAAUAA